AUAGAACUUUAUAGAACGUGGUUCGUAAUUGAAAGUAAUGCACAGUAUUUAAACAAACUAGAACUUAAAAUAGAAGUGAAAAAUAAGUUAAUUACGAGAACAAAACCUGCAAGGAUUGAUAAGCUCUAGACAUAGACUAAAAGAAAAGAAAAUGCUGGCAACUCGGUGACAGCUGUUUGACAGUCCCUCUUUUAUUUUCGUAAGAAAUAUCUUCUCGUCGAGAAUAAAGCUUUUUGUUGAUUGUAUUUGUUUGUUCAUUGUGUAUUCCGCAUUGAAUUGACGAUUAUUUUAGUGGUAUAUUUCUGUGCAACACAUAGUAAUGUGAAGUAAGAUGUGUAACACUAUAAAUAGAUUGAGCCGCAGUUAGUUUGACGAAUUGUAUGUUUGUGAUGGUUGAUCAGACAUAUGACGAAUAAUUACGCGAAAAUGGGCAGAAGAGAGGACCCCGCUUGGGCCAGCGGCACCGUGGGGCUGCUGGCGGCGAGGGAGCGUGGGGAAGUGGAUAGAAAGUUUCAGAGUCGGCUUACGGUGACCCGACCUAUGAUCGACAGAUUGGGACUGGAGAAGGAGCUGCACGGGCAUAUGGGAUGUGUUAAUUGCCUGGAGUGGAACCACGAUGGAUCAAUCCUGGCAUCAGCUUCUGACGACCUUCAUGUCAUGCUGUGGGAUCCCUUCCGCUACAAAGAGCUUAUGAACAUAGCAACUGGACAUACUGGGAACAUAUUCUCUGUAAAGUUCCUAUCCCCGGACGUGAUAGCAACAUGCGCGGCGGACGGCACGGUUCGCGCACGCAGCGUCAACUCCAACGCGCCGCUCCUGGAGUGCGUGUGUCACUGCGCACGAGUCAAGCGUCUCGCCACUGCCCCUGACAACCCACAUCUACUGUGGUCUGCCGGGGAAGACGGACUUGUAUUGCAACAUGACUUACGCAUGUCUCACAGCUGUAACCCAGACUCAGCCAACGUGCUGGUGAACUUACUGAACCACUUAGGACGGUACGCUGAGGCUAAAUGCGUUGCUGUGAACCCUCGCCGUCCCUACCAGCUCGCAGUCGGAGCCAACGACUUCUAUGUACGGCUCUACGAUACUAGGAUGAUCAAAUUGGCUAGAUUACAGUGUGUGGCCCCGCAGACGAGCGGGCCGGCGUCGCGCCAGAUGUGGGAGCGCCAGAACAUGCGCUGCUCGCGCGCCGGGCACGGCGACCCCGACAACAACAUCCCGCGCGCCGCCGUGCACUACUUCGCGCCCGGCCACCUCUCAAUGGAGCCGAAUGAGCACACGUUCCCUAAGAAGGCUACGACGUACGUAGCAUUCAGUAAUGAUGGGAACGAACUGCUCGUCAAUCUCGGCUCCGAACAGAUAUACAUAUUCGACAUAAACGCAGCGCGGCGGCCGGUGUUGGUCGAGAGCUUCAUCAUCCAGCACAACCACGGGAAUAGAACCUCGGACGCCAAGCAGCCGCUGAGGAAUGGCACCAAUGGUACCACUCCCCCCCCUCAGCCACCACCGCCACAACUACCUGACCGCGUCAGGCAACUUAAAGAAAUGGCGAAUGACUUCGUGAACAAGGGCAGCUACCCGACGGCGGUGGAGUACUACAACGAGGCCAUCGCGCUCUGUCCCGACUGCGCCAUCCUGUACUCCAACAGGGCCGCCGCGCUCAUGAGGCGAGGCUGGUCGGGCGACACAUACGCGGCAAUAAAAGACUGUUACAAGGCUAUAAAGCUGGACGCGUCGCACGUGAAGUCCCACUUCCGGCUGGCGAAGGGCCUCAUGGACCUGAAGCGGGCGCGCGAGGCCCACGAGUGCCUGCUGUACUUCAAGGACAAGUUCCCUCGCCACGCCACCAGCCACGCUGUCUUCUUACUGCAGAAGGACAUCAACGUCGCCUUGGAGAACAUGGAGACUACACCAGAUGAAGCAGCCGCGGAGGCGGAGGACAGCCAGCCCACGUCCGUCCUCGAGCGACAGCUGCGGGGCGCCGCCCUCGACUACUCGCAGCGACUACUGGGCCACUGCAACACCACCACCGACAUCAAGGAGGCCAACUUCCUCGGACCUGAUGCCAACUAUAUCGCUGCUGGUUCUGACGACGGCAGCCUGUUCAUCUGGUGUCGUAAGUCUGGGAAUAUAAUCCGCUGCAUGCGCGGAGACGACUCCAUCCUCAACUGCAUCCAGCUGCAUCCCUCCAUGUUCCUGCUGGCCACCAGUGGCAUCGAGACCGUGGUGCGGCUCUGGAGUCCACGACCUGAGGAUGGCAAAGAAGAGAGCCGCAUCAUCCGUGACUCUGGGUCUGCAGCGCAGGCUAACCAGCAGCGCAUGCGCAGCGACCCGUUCGAGGCCAUGCUACUCAACAUUAGCUUCGCCAGCGGGAACGUGGACAGGGACCUGCACUCGCCCGCCUGCAGGCCUACAUAGGUAACACAACAAAUAAAUUAUUAUAAAAAUAUUCAUAGGCGUUAUAGGAACGCGGUCGAUAAGCGCAUUGUAAUCAUCACUACGAGUCAUUUGUAAAUAGUUACUAUUAUAUACAUUAUUACAUAUAAUUAAUGAUACGGCGUUAUUAUUAUUUUCAACCUCUUUUUAUUACUUUUUCAACAUGUUAUGUACUACAUACUAGAGGUAGAUAUUUUUGUAACGAUAGUCGGAAUACAAGUAAGCAUUUUGAACUCAGCUUCCAUGUAAUAAGGGUGAUAUUACUGGUUAUAGAUGUUAUUGGAAAACGUGUGAUACUAAUUGGUGUUUUAAUAGAAAUAUGUUUUUAUCAAAACAUGAAUGCCUUAGACUUUUGUAAACAAUAAUAUGUACCUACAAUGUUAGGUACGCCUGGGAUAGGUUUGAUCCCAAAAUGACUUCAAGCGCCUUAUAGGAAUGGCGAUCUGAAACCGAUUAAUCGAAGAAUCAAUCCUUUGGAGCAAAAAAAAAAUCGAUCUUUUUAAUCUAUCCUAUGCAUUGAAUCGAUCUCAACAUCCUAAGGUCGAGAUACGAUUUUUUAUGUCUUGGUAUAAACAUACAAUUAGUUGAAGGCCCGUAUUACUAGAGUGCAGCCGGUUAAUUGCCGAGAUGGCUGUAUGUUUAGUCUCCUUCACCUCACUUCUGAUCAAUAAAAAAAGUUACAUUUAUAAUUUUUGACUUAUUGUAUCUCUGUACUGUGAUUGAUUUGACAUUGUUAAAACUAUUUGAAAACUUAUCGAUUUUUUGGAAAUCAAUCUUUUAGACCCCGUUUUUUUGUGGAUCGAUUCAUCCUUUCAGUAAGAAUCGCCAUCCCUAACUGCGCUAAUAAUGACUAUGUGACGUUAAGAAAAUAAAAACUUAAUCCUCCAAUGCUAUUACUCAAAUAUGCUGCGCUAAUAUCCAAAUGUGGCUCUGUAUUUAUAGGUUUUAUAUGUGUCUCGAUGGUAAAACUCAAAAAAAGAACUCGAACCUUAUUGAAUUUUUUUCAGGAAUAGUCUCACAACUUUCUAUUUUUUUUCCAACAAAUUAAAUAAAUACCGAUUCUUAGCAAAUAACUGUAAUGAUUCACAUCUCCCUGUGUCUUCUUGAAGCGGCUGUAUGAACUUUCCUUUCAUAGUCUGUUUUUCACUUGUUUAGUCAAGUCUUUCUGAUACAAUCAUACAUUACAUAUUAUUAUGUCAAAUAAGAGCUUUCAAUAUUCUGCUAUGUUAAUUAAAUAAAUAAUAAUAAUAUCUUUUCAAAAUCGGGGCAUUAACGUUAAGAAAAUUGGUGUCUUGAAAUAGAAUUUUCAUAAUGAAUAGCUAUAGUGGAUCUUUGCUUAAUUAUUGUUCCUGAGAUAUACCUCCUUUAGAAAGGCUAGAUUCCAUUAUAAACUGACCUCGCAUUAAACAGACUUUAUAUAUUGUGACAGAUCAACAUUUAUUGGAAUGAAAAAGAAGUUGUGAAACAAAUACAUAGCAAUGGAUUAGUGCCUUUAUUUAAUAGGACCUUAGGUCUAAAUCAGUGUUUAAAUGUAUACAUAUUGCUCAAACCAUAAAUGAUACUCUAGUAUGUAGUACAAACGUCAAUAAGGUUUAUUUUCGUGUGCAAAUUAUCGAGGUGCCAAGUGGUUAUGUUUUUAUCAUCAUUUUGUAUGAUUUUUGUACCGAUGUCAAUUCUGGGGUCGCUACAAAGGAAAAUGGUUGAAAUUUUAUUUGUAUUGUGUUUCUAAUAAAUGGUGGAUAAGGAAGAGAUAGGAUUACGCAAAUGUUUUGUAUUUUUUAAUGUUGGACGGGAGGUGAACUAAUAUUGGAAUAUAAUAUAUUUUGUCAUAGCUUUAGUUACAAGAACUGAUAUAUAAUCAUGAAGUCGUAGCCGUAAUUAUGAUUUGCUGUAUCAUAGCGUGCGUUGCGGUGUGGGCCACUGUUUCCAUUGCGCCGUGACGUGGCGUCCGUCAUAGUAAGGCAGGCAGAUAGAUAAAUAGACGUUGCAAACUACACAUUUGUGUAUUACUUUUUUGUACUAUGUGUAUAUUCUUAUUUUAGUGUAUUCUUGCCAUAGUUUCUUGUUGGAUUCUCAGGGUGUUAUAAAAUAAUAUAUAUGGGAGCAAGGUAAUCACUUCAAAAUCAUAUGAUAUCGAUAAACAAUUAAUGUAUAGCCAUUAUAUCCUUGGUUUGACUCGUUUAUGAUAUUGACAGCAACAGAUUGGAGCUAGGUAAUAAUCUCCUUUUUACACUAUCUAUGUAUUAUUAUAGUUUCUAUUUUUGUUUUUUCUUCAGAGUAGUAAAACUCAUAAACGUAGGUGGGUCGUUGUCCACCUGAAACGAUAUGCUAAAGAGGUGAUUCUCUUUAGCCAAAAACAACGUCUAUUUUAUCAUCGCCAAAACCUAUAGACUUCCAGUUUCUCUUUAACUAGUUAGCAAUUAAUAUUAAGCAUACAUUAUCUUACAUUUUGUAAUCAAUAUAAAUACCACCAAGUAAUCUGAAAAUUCGACAUUAUCCGGAUAGAUUCUGCAAACAUUUUACAUUAUUUAUAUAAAGAAAUAAAUGGCUUUUUUAUUUCAUUGUAUUUUAUUUAUUUAUUUUAUAGUAUAAGUAGGAUAUAAUACAAUUGUCUACUCAGUACCAGAUUAUUUGGUGGUAUAUAAAAAUAAUAAUUCUUUUAGAAAAUAUCGUGACCGAUGGUCAUGCGCAAUGGAAAUAGGGUCCUGAGUAAAAAUACUGGCAAAAUGAAAGGAUUUCAUAGCGGUGCCGAGGGCUGUCUACUGUAGUGAGAUAUAUAGAGUAUAAUUUUAAUAAAACAAGUCAUUCAUAA